UGUGUUUACCUUGGUGUUUUGAGUGUUGUGUUUUAAACAUGAUCACUCUGUUAAUAAUUGUAAAUAUGUUCUAAAUCUAGAUAAAACAAACAUAUAUCAAUGAUCCGAACUAACAACAAUUACAAUACUUACUUCUGACUAAGAGAAGAAUACAUAAAAAAGAUUUUAACCAAAAUAUAAGCAGUUUAAUUAAGCAUAAAAAUGAGUAGAAAACCUAUUUCAUUUGGCAAAAUCACGCUCAAUUUUCAGAAAGAAUCCAAUGAGCCCACUUCAUCAUCAGAAGGAUUUGGCACAUUCGGUCGCACUGGCACUCCCAUUCAAGAACAGAAAGAAAUUGAAGAGAUCGCCGAAGAUCUAGAAAAUCAACAUGUUCAACAAGUCAUGGGUAUUAAAAACUUCGGAAAGAAAGCAAAAAAUUUUGACCUGGAAGCUAUGGUCAAUGAAGCCAGGAAAAAUGCACAAGAAGCCAAUAAAAAGAGGUUAGAAGAGGAAGCUGCGAAGCAAUCAGAAACACAAGAUGACGAAGAUGAUGAUGAAGAUGUAAUAGGACCCUUACCUCCACCAAGUAAAGAUCAAGAAGAAGAAAUAGGUCCCUCCUGCCCAACAAAACUGUCAGGAAAUAGUAAGGUUGAUAAAUCAAAGGAGUCCAAAAGUGAUACAGAUGAAGAUAGUUAUGAUGAACUAAGUGGAUCAGAUGAUGAGGAACUGACAUUGGAAAAAAGAAUACCAAAUACACAUGAGGUUCAAAUGCAGCAUGGCACUAAGGCUGUUGUGGCUCUCUCAGUGGAUCCGUCUGGGGCACGGUUGGCAACUGGGUCUAUUGACUAUGAAGUUUCAUUUUGGGAUUUUGCUGGUAUGGACGCUUCAUUGCGUUCAUUCCGCACUUUGCAGCCAUGCGAGAACCAUCCAAUAAAGACGCUUCAGUACUCCACGACCGGAGACUCCAUUCUUGUAGUCAGCGGCUCAGCACAGGCUAAAGUACUGGAUAGGGACGGGUUCGAAGUCCUGGAGUGCGUGAAGGGCGAUCAGUACAUUGCUGAUAUGGCUAAGACCAAAGGUCACACUGCAUCUCUGAACAGUGGUUGUUGGCACCCCCAUAUCAGGGAAGAGUUCAUGACUUGCGCACAAGACGGUACCAUGCGCUUAUGGCUCACAGACAACCCAAAGCAGCACAAAGCGGUGAUAAAACCCCGUCAACAUGGGGGUUUGAAGACCAACCCAACCGCCUGUGCUUUCUCAAGAGACGGCAACACAGUAGCCUGCGGAUGCUUCGACGGCUCCAUUCAAAUGUGGGACCAUAGAAAAAACUAUGUGAACACAUCAGCCAUAUUGAGAGACGCUCAUCAGAAACAGACGGAAAUCUGCAGCAUAGCAUACUCCUAUCUGGGAUCGUAUUUAGCCAGCAGAGGCAACGAUGACACCCUCAAACUUUGGGACCUGAGAAGCUUCAAGAAACCGGUCCAUGUUUUCAGCAAUCUGUUCUCGAGAUACGAGCAGACAGACUGCUCUUUCAGUCCUGAUGAUACGAUGGUUUUCACAGGAGUAUCGCUAGAAAGAGGAGAGGAGAUUGGACGGCUACUGUUCUAUAAUACGAAGACGUUUGAAACGGUAACACAGUUAGAAGUGGCUAAAUCUCAUGUGAUAAAAGCUGUGUGGCACGCGAAGUUGAAUCAGAUGUUUGUUGGCUGCGGGAAUGGUGUAGUGAAAUGUUACUAUGAUCAGAAGAGAAGCUUGAGGGGUGCUAAAUUGUGCGUGGUGAAAACACAUAGGAAGAAGCACUCAGUGGAAGUUAUGAGUUCGCAACAGAUCAUAACGCCGCACGCUUUACCUUUGUUCAGACAAGAGAAAUUGAGAACUAGCAAGAAGAAAAUGGAGAAAGACAGACUGGAUCCCCUCAAGUCUAGGAGACCAGAUUUGCCUAUCACUUCGGGGCAAGGCGGAAGAGUUGCGGCAUCAGGAAGCACAUUGAGCUCUUUCGUCAUCAGAAACUUGGGGCUCAGCAAGAGGGUGGAUGACGAACAGGACCCGAGAGAGGCCAUCUUGAAGUACGCGAAGGAUGCGGAAGAGAAUCCAUUCUGGGUGGCGCCGGCUUAUAAGAAGACGCAACCCAAACCGAUAUUUAUCAACGAUGAGGCCGAAGAGGGGCCUUCUGACGCUAAGAAACAAAAAACUGAAUGAAUUGUACUUUUCAUGUAUAGUACUUAUAUUAAUUUAUUGUAUAAAUGGUGUACAGAUCA